AACCCCCCCAAGCACCCCGAGGGCGGAAAAGCCCCCCUGCACCUCCCACAGAGGCCGGAGCUGAAGCCCCUGGAGGGGGGAGGGGCCCGUCCCGUGAUCCGCCCCCCGGAACAGCCCCCCCCUGCCCCGGGACCCCCCGACAAGGAGCGGCAGAAGCAGGAGCCCAAGACCCCCGUGGCCCCAAAAAAGGACCUGAAGAUCAAGAACAUGGGCUCGUGGGCGUCUCUGGUGCAGAAGCACCCGGCGGCUCCGGCGGCCACGGCCAAGUCGUCCAGCGACAGCUUCGAGCAGUUCAAGCGCGCGGCGCGGGAGAAGGAGGAGAGGGAGAAGGCCCUCAAGGCCCAGGCUGAGCAGGUGGAGAGGGAGAAGGAGCGGCUGCGGCGCGAGCAGGAGAGGAUGAGGAGCCGGGAUGAGGAGGAGGCCCUGGAACAGGCUCGCCGGGUGCACGAGGAGGUUCGUCGGCGCCAGGAGCCGCCGGUGCCGGUUCCGGUGCCGGUUCCCGUUUCCGUGGCCGUGUCGGCGUCGGGGGGGGCCCCGCAGGGCCCCCAGAGCUCCCAACCCCCCAACUCCCAAUCCAUGCUGGACCAGCAGCGGGAAAUGGCCCGGAAGAGGGAGCAGGAGAGGAGGCGCCGGGAAGCGGUGAGUGAGGGGGGGCUGGAAUUCCGGGGGGGAGACACAAAAUGA